GACCGAAUCAGCGUCCGCAAGAGUGACGCCGCCAGCGGAUGAUCGUCCAAGGCGAAAAGCAGGAGAGUUGUCCUCUCUCUUCCCCUGUUUAUCUAUCUACAUUCAGUCCAGAAUCUCUUUUCUUCCGGCCAUUUUGUCCUUGGAUGUGACACGCGCCGCAAGAUCAGUAUCCUUUCCAUACUCAACAACGUCCCAGAGAAUAUCCUCCGAGAAAGGAAGAUGCGACUUUCAUGAUCGUGCGGCGAGCUGGUCAGUCUGUAUCUACUUAUUUAUCUUCUUCAAAACAAUUUACGAAUUACUCCCAGUUCGUAAAUAAAUCAUUCCCUCUACGCAAACGCAAACGCGUACAUCAUGGCUUCACGAUUCCCCCACUCCAACCUCCAUCAGCGCGACCCCAGAGCAUCUUCUUCGCUCUUCGAUGCAUAUAAUGGCGCCUCUCGGCCUGCGAGUCGGUCGCCCCGUCCGGGUGGAUAUGGUGGUUACUCCGGUUCGGUCAGCGAUGGCUACACGGCCGGCGGAGCGCAAUCAGGCUUAGGCGGUGGUGGAUAUAGGGCUGCGACGCCGAAUUCGAAAGGACAAUAUUCAGACGCUGUUCUAUCGUCGCUUGAAUCGCAAAACGAAUCUGAGAUCGAGGGUAUUAGCGCAAAGGUCAAGAUGCUUAAGGAUAUCACCGUUGCCAUCGGCGAUGAAAUCCGGACAAGUUCCGCUCUAGCGGACAAGAUGAACGAAUCCUUCGAUAACACACGAGUCAAACUCCGCGGCACAAUGAACCGAAUGUUGCGCAUGGCAGAACGGACAGGCGUCGGCUGGCGCGUCUGGCUGCUUUUCUUCUUUGCCGUUUUCCUCCUCUUCGCCUACGUCUGGUUGUCCUGAGCGGCAUGUUAUCUCCGGAUUCUGUUCUCUCCAAAACCAUAUCUUCCAACGAUAUCGACUGUAUUGCUUGUCUUUCUUUCUUUCUUCAUAUGGAAUUUGAUGCGACUAGCACCAUGUUUGCAUGAUAUGGCGUUCCAGGUGCUUGGGGCAUGGAGUGAUGUUAUCGAUAUGGCUUUUUAACUAUCCUGAAACACAUAUUAAUACAUGUAGUUUAUAUAUAAUACAAUCCAUGCUAAAUUUGUGAGCUGCUCUGCUGCU